UACAUGCUCCGAAUGUACGCCAGUGGCACGACAACGGCGCUCUUCGACGUGCUUGGCGACGGCACGACGACGCUGCACCAAGGCAACCUCGUCGUGUCGACAGGGACCGCCUCCAUUGCUGGCGCGGUGACGGCAUCGAGCACGCUGCACGUCGUCGGGGCGACGGCCCUCGAUUCUACUCUUGCCGUGACUGGCGCGGUGACGGCAUCGAGCACGCUGCACGUCGUCGGGGCGACGGCCCUCGAUUCUACUCUUGCAGUGACUGGUACUUCAACGCUCUCCGGGGCUGUCGCGGCGGGUAGCACGCUUGUUGUUACUGGCACUACCACGCUGAAUGCAGCGCUAUCCGUUGCCUCAACGGCUUCGAUCACGAACUCGGUCGACGGAGCCAACGUCGCCACCAUUGCAUCCUCAGCGAGUACCCUCACACCCGCCAACAAUAUGGUGGUGCUCAAGGUAACAGCCGCAGCGGCGCCUGCCUCAACCUUUUACAUGCUCCGAAUGUACGCCAGUGGCACGACAACGGCGCUCUUCGACGUGCGUGGCGAUGGCGUGACAACGAUUCAACGAGGUGGCCUUGUUGUGGCUGCCGAUGGGGCCUCUGUCGCCGGCGGUCUCGUCGUGUCGUCGGGCGGCUGCGCUAUUACUGGUACUGUCACUGCAACGGGCACACUCGUUGUCUCUGGUAUCGCGACGCUCUCAGCCGGCGCUACCAUUGGUACCGCUGGGCUCACUGUCAGUGCUGGCGGUGCGGCAGUCACUGGCGACGUAACAGCAACAGGUGCGCUUGGAGUGAGCGGCCUCGCCUCGCUCAGCGGAGGCACCGUGGUGCUGUCUUCAACGACAGAUACCUCGUCGUCUACCACGGGUGUCCUCCAAGUCGCAGGUGGCAUCGGUGUCGCCGGUAAGAUUUGGUCGGACAGCACCAUUUCUGGCGCAACGAUGACACAGCGCUCGGACGCGCGGCUAAAGCGAGUGCUACGCUCGGCGUCAGUGACAUCGGCCGUCUUUCAUGCUCUCCACCCGGUCGAGUUUGAGUGGACCAAUACAACGUGGGCACCACCAGGUCUGCAAGCCGGUUUCUUGGCGCAGGAAGUCGCCACGUGCUUGCCCCACCUCGUGUCCGCCGACAGCAACGGCAUGCUUUCGAUGAACUACAUUGGGCUCAUCCCGUACGUUGUUUCCCAAGUUCAAAAACUCGACAUCCAGCUGCAAGCGUGUGAGAGCCGCCUCAACGACCAAUCCACUGCUUUUCAAGAGCAACUCCAGAUGACAAGCGCAGCCAACGCCGAGCUUCUGAAACGGUUGUCGGUCCUCGAGCAGCAGGUAGCCGCUGACGCAGCGCAGAUGCAUCAGCGACUUGCUUCGCUUGAAACUGCAAUUGCACGACUUGCCACAAGUAGUGCACUAGCAUUGUAGUUUGGGGCCGGUUCAGGACACGCGUAACUUU